GGGGGGGGGGGGGGGCAGCACUAGCACACUAUUUGGGAGACAGAGAUACUAAUGAAUAUCCACCAACAAACUUCAUUCUAAAGCUGUCAGAAUAUGUUUUGACAUAACUAUUUUAGGUUUGAUGAUGAAUACUACCUCCAAACGAAUGGAACAUCGAUGGACUCCACAUUCGCCCCGAGUUAUGCGAAUGCCUUUAUGUGGGUCUUUUUGAAGAACGUUUUGUUAAUAAUGAAAACGAAAAUCCAUUUUUGAAUAAAGUCCCGAUAUAUUGACGACAUUUUUUGCAUAUGGGAAGGAACUGAACAAGAGCUGUCAGAUUUUAUGGCACUACUCAAUGACAUUGACCCCAAUCUCAAAUUCACUAUUGAAUGUGACACUCAACGUGUUCAUUACCUCGAUAUGUGGAUUGAGAAAUCAAAUUGAACCCUGUUUACAACUCUGUAUAGAAAAGAAACGGACAGAUAUACUCUAUUACAGGGGUACAGCUUCCAUCCUGAGCCAUUAAAAAGAGGACUUCUAAGAAGACCGAUUUUCAGACUGCACCGUAUAUGCCACUCCACAGAGGAUUAUCUAGAAAACGCAGCGGAGAUGCGCAUUAGGUUUCUAAGAAGAGGCUAUUCGCCACAAUAUGUGGAUGUUGGCCUGGCGUGGAUCAGAAAUAGACACCCAGGCUAACGAAGGCUGCAUUUACAAUACAAAAUAAUGGAAUGUUAUUUAUUUCUGUGCAGGCUCUCCAGCAAGAGAGCUCUGGCUUUUUGAGGAGCCCCUCUGCAACUGCACCCGCCCAAGGCGGAGGAGCCAAAGAAAGCAAGGUAGUGGAAUGGUGGGUUUUGGAAAAAAAGAAAAGACGCCAAUGAUGUGUAUGUACACGUCUUUUGUUUCCCCACGGAAAAUAAUAGAGGGAGCACCAAAAUGGCGACUUCCUUACUUUGGCUAGGACGACUGGGGUCUCUCAAGGCUCUCCAGCGAGAGAGCUGGGUCCUUUUGAGGUGCCCCUCUGUGGCUGCGUUCUGCACCAAGGUGGAGGUGCCAAAGAAAGCUAAAAAGGCGAAGGCUGCAAAGGCGGCAGCGGCACCUCCAGCGCCAGCCCCCGAGUCUUUCGACAACAGUACUUACAAGAACCUCCAGCACCACAACUACAACCAUUACACCUUCGCAGACCUGGACCUGGAGAUGGCCAAGUAUCGUCUGCCCCAGCCCUCCUCCGGCAGACCCUCCCCCAGACACUGAGAUGGCCCAGCCUGCCUGGACACCAGGCCACAUGACCCCAACCCCAUAUCCCCAGACACCAUGUCUCUGAUCCCACUGCCCAACAUACCUGCCCCGGGUGUCUUAAGAAUUAUUUCCCCCUCUACUUUACGAUCCCUAAGACGUGCUUGCAAUUGUUAUAGGAAAUGUAUGAUAUUAAACUACACGAAAGGGAUGAGGCUUUGA